AUGUUUCAACAGGAAUAUUUGUAUUCUUCAGCAGCUAGAGAUGGAGUUGAAAGGGCCGCCUGGAGCAACAAAUUUGAAUUCAUUCUGACCAUCGUCGGCUUGGCUGUUGGUCUCGGUAAUUUGUGGAGGUUUCCUUAUUUGUGCUACAGGAAUGGCGGAGGCGCAUUCUUGAUCCCAUAUUUUGGCUCACUCUUUUUACUUGGCAUCCCGAUUUUUCUUCUGGAAAUGGCAGUGGGACAAUUUUGUGGGAAGGGUCCUAUUGGAAUGUGGAGUCUCAACAUGCUGCUUAAAGGCUCUAUCAACUCAACCGCGGCAUUGGCAAAUGCUUCAAACUGCCUGACGGGACCGGCGGAGGAAUACUUUUAG